CGAGCGGCGGGCGGGUGGGCGCCGCGGGCGCCAUGGAGCAGUGGCGGCAGUGCGGCCGCUGGCUCAUCGACUGCAAGGUCCUGCCGCCCAACCACCGGGUCGUGUGGCCCUCGGCCGUGGUCUUCGACCUGGCCCAGGCGCUGCGCGACGGCGUCCUCCUGUGCCAGCUGCUGCACAACCUCUCCCCCGGCUCCAUCGACCUCAAGGACGUCAACUUCCGGCCGCAGAUGUCCCAGUUCCUGUGUUUGAAGAACAUUCGCACCUUCCUUAAAGUCUGCCACGACAAAUUUGGACUCAGGAACAGCGAGCUGUUUGACCCCUUCGACCUCUUUGAUGUCCGAGACUUUGGGAAGGUCAUCUCGGCCGUGUCGAGGCUCUCCCUGCACAACUUGGCUCAGACCAAAGGGAUCAGGCCCUUCCCCUCGGAGGAGACCGCGGAGAAUGACGAUGACGUCUACCGCAGCCUGGAGGAACUGGCAGAUGAGCAUGACGUGGGGGAGGACAUCUACGACUGCGUCCCGUGCGAGGAUGAAGGGGACGACAUUUAUGAGGACAUCAUCAAGGUGGAAGUGCAGCAGCCCAUGAAAAUGGGCAUGACGGAGGACGACAAGAGAAGCUGCUGCCUGCUGGAGAUCCAGGAGACGGAAGCCAAGUACUACCGGACCCUGGAGGACAUCGAGAAGAACUACGUGACCCCUCUGAGGCUCGUGCUGAGCCCGGCGGACAUGGCGGCCAUCUUCAUCAACCUGGAGGACCUAAUUAAGGUGCAUCACAGCUUCCUGAGGGCCAUCGACGUGUCCAUGAUGGCGGGGGGCAGCUCGCUGGCCAAGGUCUUCCUGGACUUCAAGGAAAGGCUCCUGAUCUACGGGGAGUACUGCAGCCGCAUGGAGCACGCGCAGAGCACGCUGAGCCAGCUCCUGGCCGGCAGGGAGGACUUCAGACAGAAAGUCGAGGAAUGCACCCUGAAGGUCCAGGACGGGAAGUUCAAGCUGCAGGACCUGCUGGUGGUCCCCAUGCAGAGGGUGCUCAAAUACCACCUGCUCCUCAAGGAACUCCUGAGCCAUUCCACCGACCGGCCCGAGAGGCAGCAGCUCAAAGAAGCGCUGGAGGCCAUGCAGGACCUGGCGAUGUACAUCAACGAAGUCAAACGGGACAAAGAGACCCUGAAGAAAAUCGGCGAGUUUCAGAGUUCCAUAGAGAACCUGCAAGUGAAACUGGAGGAAUUUGGGAGACCAAAGAUCGACGGGGAGCUGAAGGUCCGGUCCAUAGUGAACCACACCAAGCAAGACAGGUACCUGUUCCUGUUUGACAAGGCGGUCAUUGUGUGCAAGAGGAGGGGCGACAGCUACGAGCUGAAGGAGAUCAUCGAGCUGCUUUUCCACAAGAUGACCGACGACCCCAUGAACAACAAGGACGUCAAGAAGUGGUCCUACGGUUUCUAUCUAAUUCACCUUCAAGGCAAGCAAGGCUUCCAGUUUUUCUGCAAGACGGAAGACAUGAAGAGGAAGUGGACGGAACAGUUUGAGAUGGCCAUAGCCCGGCUGGUUUGGCGGCUUCCGUUUCGGGGGGGCUCAGGGAACCUGGAGCCCGCUUUCCCUCCCAUCAGGUCAAACAUCAAGCCCGACAAAGCCACCGCCAACCAGCACAGCUUCCAGAUGUACACGUUUGACAAGACCACCAACUGCAGAGCGUGCAGGAUGUUCCUCAGAGGCACCUUCUACCAGGGUUACCUGUGCACCAAGUGUGGCGUCGGGGCACACAAGGAGUGCCUGGAGGUGACCCCUCCCUGCAAGAUCAGUUCUCCUGCAGACCUGGACACCUCUGGAGCGGGGCCAGGUCCCAAGAUGGUGGCCGUGCAGAAUUACCAUGGCAACCCUGCUCCCCCCGGGAAGCCGGUGCUGACCUUCCAGACGGGUGAUGUGAUUGAGCUACUGAGAGGCGACCCUGAGUCUCAGUGGUGGGAGGGUCGGUUGGUGCAAACCAGGAAGUCAGGUUACUUCCCUAGCUCGUCUGUGAAGCCCUGUCCAGUGGAUGGAAGGCCGCCCAUCAGCCGGCCGCCGUCCCGGGAUAUGGACUACACCGCAUACCCCUGGUUUGCCGGCAACAUGGAACGGCAGCAGACCGACAACCUGCUCAAAUCCCACGCCAGCGGGACCUACCUAAUCAGGGAGCGGCCGGCCGAGGCCGAGCGCUUUGCCAUAAGCAUCAACAGUGUUUACGCCCCGCGUCAUCGGCACGGCCGUGGCCAGGUACAACUUCGCUGCCCGGGACCUGCGGGAGCUCUCGCUGCGAGAAGGCGAUGUGGUGAAGAUCUACAGCCGCAUCGGUGGGGACCAGGGCUGGUGGAAGGGCGAGACCAACGGCCGGAUUGGCUGGUUUCCUUCAACGUACGUAGAAGAAGAGGGCAUCCAGUGACAGCAAGAACGCGGACAGGACUCGCCGAUUUUCUUGGAAGAGUCGCUCCGGUGCUGAAGCCUGUCUCCAGCUCUGAGACUCAGAGGGGAAAUGCCCGCCAACCUUCCAGUCUCCAACAGCCCGUGGGGAUGGGGAGGGUGUUCAGAACCCUACGUGUGAUCCGUCCCACCAUCAGCCUGCCCUUGGUGGCCUGUCCUGGGUACGCCGCUUGUACAUACAGGAGACCUGGGCCAGCCCUGCCUGGCUUCACCACCGGAGGGCCGAGUAGAGGGAGUGCCUGCGGCGUCCCGAGCCAGGCUCUGGGCGACAGCUGAGGCCAGAGCUCACCUUGCCCUUGUCCUGUCGAGACGGCCUGCAGGAGCUUAGGUUUGAAUGGCAUAUGCUGUCCCGGGGAAGGCUGGGGACCUUCCCCUUGGUCCCUUCUGCUCAGCCUCUGGACCCUCCGCCCUGCUGCUCCCAGGGGGAGGCGGAAGGGCCCAGAGCCAGGCUGCUGUGCUCGGGGACAGAGGGAGGGAGCAUCGCCGGGGCCUGUGCGGCCCCCCGGCCUCCUGCUGUCCCUCUGCACCGGGGGUGUGCGGAGACCCUGGGGUGGGAGCCUUGGGAACCUUGACGCUGCCGACCCCGCUCCCCAGUCAGUGGUACUGUCCUUUGCCCUGAGCCCUUGGUGCGUGUCUGUCCUGUCCUGCUGCCGGGUGGAUACAUGGUUUGCCAGCCCUCCCGUGGGUGGGAAGCAGAGGGGGCUUUCCACUGGCCUGGUCUCUGCUGUUCACUUUCCUCUCCAGAAGGAGGCCGCCACCGCCCCCAAGCAGGCGGGCCCUCUGGGUGUCCCAUGUCCUGCAGGGGGGUCCCUGAGGGUCUUCCCAGCCUUUGCACAGAUGUCAGUUCUAGCCCUCGGCAAGUCUUCCUUCCAAGGGCUCUUGCAGCCCACGAAACAGGGCCUGCGGCCACAGCCCGAGGUCAGUGCUCUUGGGGAAGCUCCGCCCCCGAGCUCGCCCUCCGCACCCCGCCUGGCCCUUGACCUCUGGCUGGCUGGCCGGACCCUCUUCUCUCCGCCCGGAUGCCGCCUGAGACCCAGUGACGCUGUCCCCUCCGAGUUCCGUGCCAAAGCUAGGGGUGCAGCGUGGGCUUCGCGGGUCCCCCUUUCCCUUCGGUCAGCUGCACGAGGUCGGGCGUUGCCAAGGGUGGCCCCUGCCGGGGUGGGCGCUGGUGGCCACACUGCACCCUGGGGUUCCUCUGAGGUCAGCCUUGUGAUCUCCAGCCUCAGCUCAACACAGCAGCAUCCUGGCGUGGGGAGGAGAUGGGGAGGGGUCUGAGAGGGCGUGUGCAGGCAGGAGAGACAAGGCAGCCCACAAAGGCUUUUGGGAAAUGAGGGUCACAGGAUUGUAUUUGGGGGGCGGUGGGCAAAGCGGGGGAAGGAGGGAUUUUCCACGGAGAGAGCAGACCCAAAUCCUUGUCAGGGUGCACCCAGCACUUUGCACGUGACCUCGGCGCAGCUGGCCCAGCUGUGAGCCCGGGACGGGAGGGGAGAAGACCAGCCGGCCAGCGCCUUUCGUGUUUACGGUUGUGGGAAAAGCUUUGGUUUUUGUUACUGAUGUUGUUUUAGGGUCUUGUUUCGUUUCGUUUUGGUUUUGGUUUGCCUUGUUUGCUUUUUAAGGGAAAAACAGGUUGGUCGUUAUUUCCUCCAAAACUCCCAUUAUAUAUCUGUGGAUAAUAAGGAAGAGAUUUUAUAAUAGCAAGAAAAUAAUGUAUAUUUGAGGUCAUCAUGAAACAAGGCGUCGUGAUAACGAAGGACACUGAGGAAACCUCAUUUAGAACCCUGGUCCUUGUGACUGUUUUGCUUUGUUGUGUGUUAGGGAGCUUGUCUCGGUUGGGCUAGUUUUUGCACUGCAGGAAGCAGCAGGGGAGGAGGGCCGGGCACAGGCUGGGACGCGGGUGGUUGCAGCAGGAGAUGGGACGCCCUCUGGCGGGGCUUCGGACCUGGGGCCUGAGAUUAGCUGUGAACACUUAGGAGCCCAACGCAUGCGGGUCAGGGAUCUGGGGGUCCCGCAGCUGGUGGGGACCCCAAACAGAACGCAAACUGUACAUUUGCCAAUAGGUUUUUUUCAGACCACGGUUUCUACCACAAAUAAACCUGAGUUCUUUUCUGCA